AGAAUAGUUGCAACGGUCGCUGACGAAGAUUCACCAGGUGGAUUAGAUCUCCGCGGAUGCGUGCGUGCACUACUAAGAAUAACGAUUUAUGCAUGUGGGUAUGUUCUAUGUUGUGCGGAAAGUGCGAAUUAAUUUGAAUUUGUCACAAUGGAAUAUAUUUUUAAGUUAAAAAUUUUGCCUUUUCUUGUCGUCACACCGUUCCUAGUAAUCGGAAAUACUCAAAAUACUGACUCCAAUAUAACUAAAUACACAGAAUUCCUACCAAAUGAUAUUCAAAAAGCUGUUCAGACUGCGCUGUUACUGGAAAAAGCCAAAUCUGCAAAUAGCUGUAAAGAAAAAGAAAAAAUCACAUGCCCUGCCAUGAAGUUCCGAGAACCUUCAGGAAGAUGUAACAACGUCAGACACCCUACGUGGGGCACUAGGGGACAGAAGUUGUUAAGAUUGCUGCCACCUGAUUAUGCCGAUGGCAAGUUACUGCCUAAGAAGUCAUCAAAAAAUUCCGAUCUCCCCAGCCCAGUCAACAUUGCAGCUAUGAUUCAAAAAGAGACGAUCAGCAAGCAUGAUUCAGUCACUGCUCUAUUGGGAGCUUGGAGUGAGCUCCUUCUUCACGACCUUGCCAGUACGGGCAAUGUAAGAAGUCAAUAUUGCUGUGGUAAUAAUAGUCAAGUACAUCAAGAAUGCUACGGGAAUAUAGGUGAAAAAAAUUGUAAAGAAUAUAUGAGGACGUUACCAGCUAUUGACGAUGACAACUGUACUUUUGCGUACAGAGACCAAAUGAAUCUAGCUACCUCCUUUCUCGAUGGUUCGGCAAUCUAUGGAAACACUUUGGAAGACAUCAGUAGACUUCGGACCUACAAAGCUGGUCAUGUAAAUAUUUCUACGUGUUCAUCUUGUUUACUCAAUCCUUUGUAUACUGUGUUUAUGAAAGAACAUAACAGAAUCGGGACAGAGCUAAGUAAAAUAAAUCCAGAAUGGUCAGAUGAUACACUUUUUUUGGAAAGCAGAAGAAUAGUCACCGCCGAGUUACAGCAUAUUACUUAUAAUGAGUUUUUGCCGUUAGUUCUAGGAGAGGAAACUAUGGUACAUUCCCAACUAGAGCUGAAAGUCCAUGGAAGAUUCUCCAAUUACUCAAGUAGUAAAAGGAUUGGUGUAUUCAAUGAAGUAGCAAUUGCUGCACUACCUGCAUUACUUUCUUUGGUACCUCAAACUUUGGCCAAAGUGACUCCUGGAUCAUUUGAACAGAUGAUCGAUGCUCUAGUAUCUGCUUCAUCACAAACAUUAAGUGGUCAUAUAUCUGUCCAUGUGCGACCAGACUGGAACACUUUCUUGCUAUUUUUACAUAUGGGCAGAGACCAUGGCAUCGCUUCCUAUGCAAAGUAUCUAACAUUGUGCAACAACUCAGUGUUUAAAAGUUUAAAGACCUUCAAUGAUCUCGGAAAACUGAGUAUAACAGCAUCAGAUGUGAAGAUACUGAAGGAGUUGUAUGAUGGUGUUGAGGAUAUAGAUCUCAUUGUAGGUGCUGUUUUAGAAGAACCAUUACCAGGUGCUAUAGUAGGUCCAACAAUAAACUGUCUUUUGAAGCACCAAUUCCAGCUCCUGAAAGAAUCCGACAGAUUUUGGUAUGAAAACGAUCUGCCUCCAAGUUCCUUUACAGUAAAGCAGCUAAACGAAAUCAAGAGAACAACAUUAUCCGGACUGAUAUGCGCCAAUACGAAGAAUCUAAAAAAGUUGCAACCGAAAGCGUUCCUACAAGAAGAUUUGUUUUUAAAUUCUAAAAUCAACUGCGAUCAAUAUCAACUGCCUGCAUUGUUGGAAUGGAAAGAAGAAGAACAGAUACCCGAUCUCACGGACGAGUUGUUAAAAGAAGCCCUAAGUAAAGCUCAACAAAACUUGUUGGAGAGGAGGAAGAAGGAAUAUGAAGUUUGGGCACAAGGUGGUGGUGUAAAUCCAAAAUCUCCUCAAGGUACAGCUGUAGCUUUCAGCCAAGCUAACAAAGAAGCACUAAAACUAGCUAAUACUUCUCUCCUGUUCGAAUUAGCUUCGAAUGAAAUAGUCAAUGGUCUAAUGCAUAGAAGAAAAAGACGACACCUGAUUAUUGAAUCUGAAAUACCUAUACUACGUAACGAGGUUACUGAGAGUUUGCAAAAUAUCGAUUUCAGCAACUUACCACAAUUUGGUCAAAAUGUACACGAUGAUUCUGAAUGUGAUGAAAUUGGUCCAUGUGAUCCUCAAUAUCCGUUUAGAACUUACACCGGCCACUGCAAUAACUUGAGAAAUCCUGGAUAUGGCAAGGCUUUGACAACAUUUAUUAGGCUUUUACCCAGUCAAUAUGAAGAUGGAAUAUCAAAAGCAAGAGUUACCGGUGUAACAGGAUUCGCCCUUCCUAACCCAAGAAUCGUAUCAAGAGUGAUCCAUCCAGAUAUAAGUAACCUUCACUCGAGGUAUACUCUGAUGACGAUGCAGUAUGCUCAGCUGGUAGAUCACGACCUUACGUUGACUCCCAUCCAUAAAGGUUUUGAAGAAUCUAUCCCGGAUUGUCGGUCUUGCAACAGUCGUUUCACCGUACAUCCGGAAUGCGAUCCAUUGCCUAUUCCAGCUGGUGAUGAUUAUUAUCCAGAGUUUAACAUUACAACGGGAGAGAGGAUGUGUCUACACUCAAUGAGGUCGUUGCCUGGACAACAACAUUUUGGACCAAGAGAACAAAUCAAUAUGAACAGUGCUUUUCUGGACGGAUCUAUGAUUUAUGGAGAGAACCCUUGUAAGGCUGGAAUGUUAAGAACAAAUGGUGGUCUCAUGAAUUAUACAAUCCAUCCUAUAAGAGGAAAAGAUUUGUUACCACAGACUCAUAAGCAUCCUGAAUGUAAAUCCCGAUCUGGAUUGUGUUUUAUUGCAGGCGAUCCAAGAGCUUCAGAACAACCCGCACUAACAGCAUUACAUACAGUCUUCAUGCGAGAACACAAUCGAAUAUCAGAUUUCAUCAGGAAGAUUAACCCACAUUGGGACGAGGAGAAAAUUUUCGAGAACGUCAGAAAAAUAGUCAUAGCAUUGUUCCAGCAGAUAACCUACAAUGAAUUCUUGCCGAGGAUUUUAGGUUGGAAUGCUAUGAAUGUGUAUGACUUGAAGCUAUCUCCAAACGGAUAUUUCAAAAGUUAUAAUCCUACCUGUAAUCCAACUAUUGUCAAUGAGUUUGCUGCUGCAGCAUUCAGAAUUGGACAUUCUUUAUUGAGACCUCACAUACCAAGAGUUAGCCCUACAUACGAAGUCGUCAAUCCACCAAUUCUACUAAGAGAUGGUUUCUUUAAGAUGGAUAUGAUGAUGAGGGAAAAUAUGGUAGACGAAAUAACUAGAGGACUUAUCUCGACUCCAAUUGAAACAUUGGAUCAGUUUAUAACAGGUGAAGUAACCAACCAUUUAUUUGAAGAUAGGAGAAUACCAUUUUCAGGCAUUGAUCUAAUUGCAAGGAACCUUCAAAGGGCCAGAGAUCACGGUAUUCCAUCCUACAAUAACUACAGAGCAUUUUGCAAUCUAAAGAGGGCUUACAGUUUCGAUGAUCUCUCUAGAGAAAUGACACCGGACAGUAUUGCUAGACUUAAAAGUAUUUAUGCUCACGUAGAUGAUAUAGAUCUCUUUCCAGGGGGAAUGAGUGAGAUUUCUUUAAGGGGAGCAAUGGUUGGACCUACCUUUGGAUGUAUCAUCGGUAUACAGUUCCGACAAUUGAAGAAGUGUGAUAGAUUUUGGUUUGAAAAUGAAGAUCCGGUGGUGAGAUUUACAGAGCACCAGUUAGCAGAAAUCCGUAAAAUAACUUUAGCCAAAAUCCUUUGCGACAACAUGGAUGUAGAAGGUUACAUUCAAAGAUACGCCUUCGACCUUCCAUCGAAUUUCUUGAAUCCCCGAGUGCCGUGUCAUUCUUUGCCUUCCAUCAAUCUCCGCACUUGGAAGGAGUACAGUAACGAUCAAGGAUGUCUAAUAGGAACGAAAUAUGUACGCGUAGGAGACACCAGUUUUGUUAGUCCCUGUACCAGCUGCAUUUGUACCGUCCAAGGUGCAAAUUGUGCUUCUCUCAAAGUAACGGACUGUCACAGACUGCUUAGAUUCUGGUCAAGGGAAGCUGUUCUAAAGGAUGAAGUGUGCACUGCGCAAUGCGGAUUUUUACUUAGAGAAUCAAGCCCUUCGUCAUUCCGAAGGUUCAACUUACAUACGCCAAACAUCGCAAAGGACCAUCUUUCGUUUAUCAUUGCACAAAAUUUUGAUCAGUCAAAAGAUUUUGUAAAUGAAUUUUCACAUUUGUUGAAAAAGUAAGACAAACUAUAUUAUUAUGUCGAUGAGUUCAAAUUCGUUUGUCAAAUCUAACAGAAUUGAUUUUGUGUUACAGAAUUACAUCGGUUCCUUUUAAUGAAUAUUUAGUCCAGUGUAGAAAAAAAAACGAGAAAAAAUCAAUACAAGUACCUAUUUGAAGGUGCUAAAUCGUAGGGAGAUAUAGUUAAUUAAAAAUACAUACAGAGUUACUCGUAAACCAACCCCAUUUUUUAUAAACAAAGGCCAAAGUCCGAAAAUAUUGUUUUUUGCCUGUAGCAUUUUUUGAAGUUAUACUUCUUUACGGGCGAUAUGAGGGUGAAUUUUUAUAUGUUAAAGCCUACGAUCCGGGCGCAUGCGCAUUAUAACUUUGUUUUGAUUGGAUGUUCAAAUAACAUGUCAAAAAUUAUCCAAUAUGGCAGCUGUAGCACAGCUGUGGUGUGGACGGUUGACGGUUUGGUUAUGUAUGGUUGUUGCGUUUUAAAAUUUGUGGGAAGAGAAAGAACAAACAAAGGUUAGUUAAUAGUUAUACUGCCUUUUUGAAGUUAUACUUCUUUAGGCGCGAUUUCAUUGAGGGUGAAAUUUUAGUAAUCUGCGCACACAGUCAGUAUGGAGUUCGUUACUAAAUGUUUUAAUUUAUGUAUUUAUCAGUCCAGAAAAGAUGUGGAAAGAAUAUAUUAGUGUUUUUAAAUAUAUUUUUCUACAAACGUGUUAAAAAUGCAAUUUAUAGCACUCCAUAGGAGCGUUAAAAAUGCUACUUUAAAGCACCGGUGCUUUAAAAAUUUUAAGGCACUGGCACUGCAUUUAAAAGUGAAUUGUCAAAUUGUGAAACGUCAAAAUAUUUAUAUUUCAUUUAGUAACAUUAAUAGAUAUUAGUAAUACCUAUUUACGAAAAUUUCUUCUAAAAUUUAGGAAUAUAUUAGUUUUAUAAUACAUUUAAGUAUGUAGUAAUUUUCUUUACAAUUUUUACUUACCAAUUUGUUUUGUUUAUAUCUAAUAUCGCCGUUGUCUAGCAAUUGUCUGCGUAGAUUAGCGGUAUGUGUAUUUAGCUACGGACAUGUUAGUACUUAGUUCGAUUCCCACAUAAGGAAUUUUUUUUUGUUUAUUAUUAAUGGUUAUUAACAUCUUAGACUAUUAUUAUAUGGACUUAUGAAUGAUUAAAAAUAAUUAAAAAUAAUUAAAAUAAUUAAUCGGGAUAUUGCCCAACUAUUUACCGGGUUGCAAAUUUAUAAUAAUUGCCUAUUUCAAAAUGCACUUUUGAAAUGAAUUUUUCUUAUGCACAAAUGCAAUUUCAGAUUUCUUAUUCAUUACAAUAGUUCACAAAAUUUCCUGACAUUCUCACGAAUCCAACGCACCAAACUGCAUUAAAAUCCGUCUUACUGCGCCAAAAAUCGAGAGUAAGGCCUUUUUUGUGCUUCAAUGCCUCGACUAAUUCGGCCAGAGAUCGAGAGGUCGUGAGUUCGAAUCCAGUGCAAUCCUAUACUUUUUUUUAUUUUUUUGAAAGCGGUAAGCACAAAAUUAGUUUGGUGUUUAACAAAAAAUUAAAACAAACUGUUUAAAGUAUAUUUAUUUUUAAGAAAUCAUAUAAUAGAAGUAUAACUUCUUACGUGCGUACAAAGUACACACACAUUCUUUUUUUAUCAUAUUUACAGCAAAACUUGUAUUAUAAAAGUUGUGUAUCAUGAAAAUAAGAUUGAUUUUAAUUUUUAAAAUAAAAUCCAUAAGUAAUUAACCGAGAUAAUUGCAAAAAAACAAGUUUUUUGCACUAUUUUGUAAAUGUUAAUAACUUUUACCAAAUAGGCCGUAAGGAACUUAUAACACCUUAAUAAUGAGGUCAUUAUGUGCCUUUUAUAGUGUGCAAAAUUUCAAGAAGAUCGGUUUGUUAGUUUACAAAUUACGUUAAAUACAUAUUCCAGACAUUUGUUGUUGUAACAGAGUUUUGUUUAAACAAUUAUUGUUGAAAAGUGCAAUGGGUUCUUAAAUACUCAGAGUACUAAGAAAGUUGAAAAACAAUAUAUUUAUUAUUUAAGUAUUGUUAAACUAGUCGUUUAUUAAAUAUAAUGAGUUUUUUCCGUAUAAACAAUUAGAACAAAAGUCAACGUUUGGUCAAUGGUUUACAUUGUUAUUUUCAUGAUGAACAAUAAUUAUUUAUAAUUAUUAUAAUUAGUUGUAACAAAAAGCUGGUAAAAACACACAUUUUGAAAAAAAUCUUUCUACGACCAAUAAUAGCCAAGUUAUAAUACUUUUUUAUUGAAAAAUCACAAUUUUGCGAAAAUAAGUUAUUCUUUAUAAAAGUUCUGCAUGGUCUAACGCCUAAGAUUCAACCAUCAGAUAUAAAAUUUUAUCAAUAAUAUACGAGGUAUGUCAAAAAAUAUGAAUUUCGCUCAAGAGUAAAGUACCUUUAUUUUUCGAAGUAUUGAAAAUUCUUAUUAUAAAAAGUUGUUUGGAAGUAAAAACUAUGUUUACCUCUGUAUGUAAUUUUAACAAACUAUAUCCCCCUAGGACUUAACACCUUCAAAUACAUGUAUUGAUAUUUAUCCUGAAGUCGCUCAUUUUUUUUUUCUACACCGGUGAAAUUGACAAAUAACGGGGAACUAAUGGCAUGAUUAAAUUUAGUUUAAAAAGUGUUUGUAUAUAUUUAUAUAAGUAUAUAUCUAUUAAUAAUUGUAUAUGUAUCUAUUAAUAAUUGUAAAAUACUCAAAGCUGUGAUGAUUUUUACUAAAAAAAACUAGAGCGUUGCACUUGCUAAGUGCCGACAAAAGUGAAUAUUUCUUAUAGAUUCGAUUAUAUUCGGUUCGAUGUAAUUCAUUUUCAUUCGAUUAGAUUUAAUUUUAUUUAAUAUAUAGUAUGCCUAUAAUUUAAUAUAUACAGAGAGGGGCAAAUUAUAAAUUAAAUUUAUUUUCUCUAAAACGGACGCUUUUGGAGAAAAAUCCCGUAAUCAGGUCCAUUUUAUAUUUAAAUUAAAAGUUUUUGGUAUACAGGGUGUAACAAAAAUACAGGUCAUAAAUUUAAUCACAUAUUCUUGGACCAAAAAUAGUUAGAUUUAACCUAACUUACCUUAGUACAAAUAUGUACAUAAAAAAGGUACAGCUCUUUGAAGUUACAAAAUGAAAAUCGAUUUUUUCCAAUAUAUCGAAAACUAUUAGGGAUUUCUUAUUAAAAAUGGACAUGUGGCAUUCUUAUGGCAGUAGUAUCUUAAGAAAAAAUUAUAGUGAAAUGUGGACACCCCUUAAAAAUUUUAUGGGGGUUUUGUUCCUUUAAACCCCCCCCCCCAACUUUUGUGUACGUUCCAAUUUAAUUAUUAUUGUAGUAAAAUUAGUUAAACACAAUGUUUCAAAAACUUUUUUGCUUCUUAGCACUUUUUCGAAGUCAGUUUUUAUCGAGAUAUUUUGAAUAUUUGUUAGAUCCACCACAUAUUUAUGUAUAUGGUUAAGUACGAUUAUGGGACUUGGUAAUAAUAUGAAAAUUUAUUAUUUAUGAUUUACAUUUUUAGGUAUAUCUUGAACCAUAGUAAAAAGAAGCCACAUCUCGAUAAAAGGUGGCUUAUCGAAAAAUUACAAAGAGGCAAAAAAGUUUUAAAAACACUGUGUUUAACUAUGUAAUGAUACAUCGAUACGCCGAGCGCGCAUCAACUCUUGGAACCGAGCGAUUCUCUCAAAUCGCGCAGAUGCCCCCACUAAGUUCCACCUCUCCGAACCAACACCAGCAGAAGGAUAUUUAAGAGCACCGCAAGCGACGAUCCGACAGUCCUGAACGACCGUUCUGGGCUCCAUAACCAGCCAAGCUAAGUGAGCGAGGCAGGCCGACCUGAGUCGCGACGUGCACCGUAUUGACGUGAUUCGUAAACUUAGGCAGGCCAACUCGAGACGCAAGGUGUACCGAAGUGAGACGCCUAUCCGGAGGAGGACUUCGCUGGGACAAAAUAAAAAAUUGAAUUAUUAUUUUGACUUAUUUUGUACAUACUUUAGAAUUAAUAGAUUUGCUUUAUUUUCAACCUGUGUGUUACUGAGUCUGUCGUCCUAAAAGAAAUACCACGUUACAACUAAUGGUACCACAGUAAUAGUUUAAUUGGAACGUACAGAAACAUUUGGGGAAUUUAACGACACAAAUCCCCCAUAAUUUUUUUAUGUUAACAUAUUAUUAAAAAAGAAGCCGCAUCUCGAUAAAAACUGCUUUAUCUAAAAAAUACUAGAGAUAAGAAGUUUUGAAAAUAUUAAAUUUAACUAAUGGUAAUAAUAAUUUAAUUGGCAAGUAUACACAAAAGUUUGGGGUGGUUUAUGGGAACAAAACCCCAUAAAAUUUUUAGGGGGUGCACAAAUUUCACUAUAAUUUUUCUCCAAGAUUUUCCUGCAAUAAGAAUGCCACAUGACCAUUUUCGAUAAAAAAUCUCUAAUAGUUUUCGAUAUAUUCCAGAAAAUAGAUUUUCAUUUUGUAACUUCAAAGGGCUGUAACUUUUUUUAGGUGCAUAUUUUUACUAAGGUAAAUUAGGUUCUUUCGAACUAUUUUUGGUCCCACAAUAUGUACUUUAAUUUAUGACCUGUAUUUUUGUUACACCCUGUAUAUUUCACACUAGUCACGUCAUCCAUCUGGGCGUGAUUAAGUAAUAAAAACAUUAACAUCAGUAUUUAUAGAGGGUGACCAAAAAAUAAUUUUUGAAUUAAAUUAAUUGGCGCAAAAAGAAGAAUGUAUGUAAUUUAUUUAACUCAAAAUACAUUCUAGUUCUGUCAGAAAAUAGAUGUUUAUUUGGUAAAUAAACAUAACUUUUCGCUUAAAUUAAAAAUGUUCAAACUGCCAAAUGUUUAAAGUGGAAGGCGGGAGGCUGUUUGAAAUUUAAUUUAAGCGAAAAUAAAUUUGUGUUUGUGAAAUAAACAUUUUUUUUUUCUAUAUUUGGACAGCAGUACAAUGUAUUUCGAAUAAAAUAAAUUACAUACAUUCUUUUUUUUCGCUAAUUAAUUUAAUCCAAAAAUUUUUUUGGUCACCCAGUAUAAAUAAUAAUGUUAAUGUUGAAUGGGUUGCAUAUGUGAGUUAAUUUUAAAUGAAGUAAAGAAACACAGAAGUACAUACUCACAAUAAUUUAAUUUACUUCGACGAUCGGUUUCGAUCUGUCAGUUACUCUUGCGUGGAAUCGAUUUUCGACUUAUUUCGUUUGCUUAAGCCGGGUCCAGACACGUGUAACGUGUAAUGUAAGAUUACGUGUAAUUUAGCAUCAACAGUGUGGACGUCGCACGAACGUUCACACGAAUCCUUUAGCGAAUCUUGGUUUCCACUCAAGUUCUACGAACAGACGAAUAAGGGAGGUCGUGACAGCAGUUAGUUUUUUUAUACUGCUUUUAUUUGUAUAUACAUAUAUUUACUAACUGAAGACAACAUUUUUGGGAUCCCAAAUACCGGGGUUUUGUUGGUAUAAGCAGGUAGAUUCGUCAAGCGAUUGCACGCCAUACGUCCAAACGGUAAAACUUUCACUAACGCCGUCCAAACGAGAGCUGCGAGCGCCUUUUUGUUCACGGAAAAAACCGACUCCCGAUGGGUCCCGGCGAGCUCCAGCGCGAAUGGUACAUGUAAUGCUCGUAGUGCCGUCCAAACGCAGAAUUCGCGUUUCAUUACACGUUACGUUACACAUUACAUUACACGUGUCUGGACCCGGCUUUAAAUGAUGAUGCACGGGUAAAGGACCCUGGACUCAACUCAAGUGUAUAGAAGUUUAAGAUACGUACCUAUACCGCGACGGGUAACCGCAAGCUAACCUCUCGCUUCACGAUGAGGCUUUCGCGUCACAAUUGCGUCACUAUUUUGGAUAACGCUCAAUACGAUUUUACACCUGCCAAAAUUCCAUACCGAACGCUAAGAAGUAUUCACUUCAAAAGUGGACCAAUUGUACUAUUGUCGUUGUGCCAAAUUAAACUUAAUUAAGUAAUACAAUGUAAAUAGAUAUUUUGUACCUUUUCUAAA